CACAGAGAACAUGGAAACUCAAUAAAUAUAGAUAGCUUAUAAACCCUAUCGAUAACAAACAGAAAGUUAACAGAUGCCUUCUUGAGUUAGAAUAGAAAUAUAUGAAAAAUGUGUAUACAUUAACGAUAAACAAAUUUUGUAAAUUACCAUUUUAUUUGAAGUGUCAAUUUAACUCAUCAUAUACGUGUAUUAUUCAUUGACAGCGAUCUAUUGUCACAUUCUUAGGUUAUGUUGAUCUGUCAAAGUGUUUCUUUGUGUUUCAAUUAUUUGUCAAUAGAUAUAAAAAUUAAAAUUUAUAUAUAAAAUGGAAUGUGGACAUUUAAUUUUGAUUCCGAAGGUGGACAAUGUUGUAUUAAUUGACAAAAGUGAUGGUAAUAAUAAAAGUUUGGAAGGAACAUUAUGUAUUAGUAGCCAUAAUCUUAUCUUAUCUUCAAGACAAGGUGAUGAACAGGAAUUAUGGCUUAUAUAUAGGAAUAUCGAUGUAAUAGAAAAAAAAUUAAAUACUCAAAGUCCUGGAGGUAGUAUCAUAUUAAAAUGUAAAGAUUUUCGUGUACUUCAGUUGGAUAUUAAUUCUACCGACGAUUUAAUCAGCGUUAUGUUGUCUAUAGAAAGAUUAGCAUCAUUAGAACAAACACUUCAAUAUCCCUUUUUCUAUAGACCAAAAGCAACAAAUGUAAUACAAAUAGAAGAUGGAUGGACAGCAUUUGCUCCUGUUUCAGAAUGGUCUAGAUUAUUGGCUGCAUAUGCAGAUGAAUGGAGAAUCAGUUAUUUGAAUAUAGAUUACAAAGUUUGUAAUUCUUACCCAUCAGCUGUUAUAGUACCUAGACACAUAGAAGAUAAAGUUAUAAUAUCUUCUGCUAGUUUUCGAGAUGGCGGUAGAUUUCCUGUUUUAUGUUAUAGACAUGAAGGCGGGAGUGUUUUAUUACGUAGUAGUCAGCCAAUGUGCGGUGCUACUGGUAAAAGAUGUAAAGAAGAUGAAAGAUUAUUAAAUGCAGUUUUAGGUCCUGGAAGACGAGGGUAUAUAGUAGAUACAAGAUCUAUUACCCAAGCUCAAAGUUCAAGAGCUAAGGGUGGUGGUACAGAAAUGGAUGCUGCUUAUCCUCAAUGGAGAAAAGUGCAUAAAGCGGUGCCACGGCCUCAUGAUUUAGCAGACAGCUUUUUCAAAUUAAUAGAGGCUUGUAAUGAUGUAACUAGUUCUACAUCGCAAUGGUUGUCUAGACUUGAAAGCAGUGGAUGGUUAACUGCCAUUCAAAGUGCUUUAAAUGCUGCUUGCGUAACUGCUCAGUGUCUUCAUCAGGAAGUUGCAGCUGUAUUAGUUCAUGGAAGUACAGGUAGAGAUUCAACAUUAGUUGUGACAAGUUUGGCACAAGCAAUAUUAAAUCCUGAUUGUCGUACCGUACGUGGUCUACAAGCUCUUAUAGAACGAGAAUGGUUACAAGCUGGUCAUCAAUUUUUUACUCGUACACGGCAUGGACCAUAUCAUCCUUCUCAUUCUCAAAGUCCAACACAUGCUCCAACAUUCUUACUUUUUCUCGAUUGUCUUUACCAGCUUUAUUAUCAAUUUCAAUUUAGUUUCGAAUAUAAGGUGGAUUUAUUGAUAGAAUUGUAUAAACAUAGCUACUGUUCAGAAUACGGAACAUUUUUAGGUGAUUCAGAAGCAGAAAGAGUUCAACUUCAAUUGUCUGAACAUACUUAUAGCUUAUGGUCCUACAUGAAUCAACCAGAAGUAUUAGAAAAAUGGUUAAAUCCUUUGUAUGAUCCAAAUCCUGGAGUUAUUUGGCCUAGUGUUGCACCUAUCAGUAUUCAAUUAUGGAAAGAACUUUACCUUGCACACACCAGUGCUUCGUCCUGGAAUGGUGCUCUUUCUUGUGCAAAACAAAUAAAACAGAAUCAUUUAGCUGUGAAAAAAGUAGCUGUCCAGUUACAUGCACAAAUUAAACGUGCAUUAGAAGAAAUUCAAGAGGAUCCUGAUAUGUCUUUCGAUUUUGAUAUUCAGGAAGAACACACUCUUGUAGCACAAUUAAGUUUAGAAUCGCAAAGCACUUGAUAUAAAUUAUAAUGAUCUGAGAAGAAAAAAAAAAAGAAAACUUCAUAUUGUCCUAAUAUUUUGUAAAUUUAAUCUUAUCUGAUAUAAUGUUAAUGAAUAAGUAAUUGUCACAUUUGCAAAUAGAUCCAUAUUCAUACCUCA